GAAAGUGCAAGGCGAGCAGCCGCCCCUCCCCUCCCGAAGGGCUGCCUUGGAGGAGGAGGAGGCGGCCCGGCGGCGACGCCCUCCCGCUCGCCGGCUGACCUCCCUUCCUCCGCCCGCAGCCCAGCUCAGUCAGCUGACGGCCAGGCGUCGGCUUCUCCGCGGCUCCUUUCUCUGCGUGGCGGCCAACGAGGAGGAGGCGGCGGAGAUGCUGUGCGGCGGGAUGAGCAGCCAGGCCAAGGCGGCCACGGCGGAGAUCCAGGAGCUGGUGCAAGCGGUGAAGGCAGAGGUGGAAGAAAAAGAAGGGCGGGACUUUGAGGUCUUCAAUGCAGUGGAGUAUAAAACACAGACGGUUGCUGGAAUAAACUACUUCAUAAAGGUCCAAACUGGCAACGAUCAGUACCUUCACGUACGAAUUCACAAAAGCCUCCCUCACGAAAACAAACCCCCGGCGCUCACUAGUUACCAAAGCAACAAAGAAAAGCAUGAGGCGCUCUCUUACUUCUAGAAGGCUGUCUGGAAGUUUCUUUUCAGAGCAACGUUUACUUUGCAGAAUCGAAAAUCACUGUUCAUUCCUCUUAUAGCGAUGAUUUAUUUCUGAAAUGUACUGAUUCCUGUGGCCUACAGUAAUAAUUGUAUUCAUAAUAAUUAUUUUAUAUUUGAUUUGCAUUUAUUCUCUCUGUGUUAUUUUUUGGGCGGGGAGCCAGCUUGGUGUAGUGGUUAAGAGCAUGGACUCUAAUCUGGGAGAACCAGGUUUGAUUCCCC